AUGUCCCUGCUCCAAAAAGAAUCUGGUAUUAUUUCAAUUGAAGAAGAAUUCAUGGAGGCACCUCAAAUUGCCAAUGACAACAACCCCAUUCCUGUUGAUGCAAACAUUGUGAUCCUCUUCAGCCCUACCCCCAAAUCCACCACCACUAUCAAAGACCUUCCUACCCCUGUUGGAGAUAUGAUCCAUCAGGGAUGCAGCCUGCUCACUACAGAGUGGCUGAAGGUGGCUGAUUUGCAGCAUCAUCUGAAUGCACCAGUUCCAAGUCCAGAUGAAGCAAUGCAGCAGAUCCUUGCAAGAAUGGCUGUGAUGGAAGCUGAGCAGACCUCUCUGAAGGAUGAGUUCAAGAAGCAGCAGCUACACACCAUGCAUGUGGUUGCAGAAGAUAAGCAGUUGCUUGUGAUAAACAAGGAACUACAUGCAGAAGGGGAGCAGUACACUGAUAAAAUUAUGGAACUAGGCAACAUCAUCAACAAGCUUCAGCAGGAGGUUCAGAAAAAAAGCCAGAUUUGCAAUGUGAUUUGGAAGCUGGAGGAGAAUAUUGCAUGUAAAGAGGUGCAGAUCCAGAACCUUGAAGCAUAUACAUAUGACCAUGCACAGCUUAACAAUUCUGUUCAGAUGCACCCACUCUACCAUCAAAGUGCAGAGUGGAGCACCCUGACAAGAGCGGAGCUCUCCUAUCUCUGGGACCUUGGACCUGGGAAGACCUUUUGCCUUGCUGGUAACAUUUCUGUGCAUGAGUUUAGCAUUGAGCAGUUGUACAAGACUGUGGAUGAGAUCCCUGUGACCUAUCAAGCUAUGGCCAUGCAAAAGCUGAUCAUGACCUUUGCUCCCAAGGCCUCUCCUGCAGUUUAG